AAACUUCACGAUUUUAUAGACUAUCUCGUUCCUUAACGACUUGUUGACGUUACUGUGUGACAUUUUCUAUACGUCACGCGCCGGGGCGGGCACUUCACUCUAGUGUAAUCUCGCUACCACCGUAUACUCCGAAUAAUUCAUUCGGGAUUCAUCUACUAGUCUAUGGACAGUAAACCCUCGUUUGAUUAUAAUCGUAUGCAAGAAGGACCUGAGAUGGCACAACCUGUCACUGGACAACCAGGAUAUCCUCCGCAGCAGGGCUAUCCUCCGCAGCAGGGCUAUCCGCCUCAGCAGGGCUACCCUCAUGCCCAAACCACUCAUACAACAGUGGUAGUGCAACAGCCUACAGUUGUGCAGCAAGGGCAACGGGACUGGCAUUCCGGCAUGUGUGGCUGCUUUGAUGAUAUUGGCUCUUGUCUUCUGGGCUACUUCUGUCCAUGCUUCUUGCUGAUUGAUGUUUCCCAGCGUAUGGGAGAAGGUUGCUGCUUCCCAUGUUGCUGCCCAGGGGCGCUUGUGGGUCUUCGUGUCAAGCUCAGGGUAGAGCAAAACAUCCAAGGUUCUCUGAUUAAUGACUACUGCGCCGUUCAGUGCUUGCCGCUUUGUGUGCUCUGCCAGCUUUCCCGUGAGCUGAAGCACCUUGGGCGCUAAGAUGCUUAGAAGACUGGAUCCCUUAAGAAGACAUGUGUGGGAAGAUGAGCAAAUAGAUACAUUAGUAUAGACUGGAAAUAAUAUACACCUAUUUCAAAAAAGGUUGUCAGUGCAAAUGGCGAAUGGCAAAUAGUAAAUGGCAGUUCUAAGCCCGAACGGUGCUUCUGGGUACUAACCAUUUGUAAAAUUAAAGGUGUUAAAUAAAGUCUAGCAAUGUCAGAGACAUACAUUGAUGAUCUUUAAUGGAUAAUUGUUUGAUUUAUACAUAUUCUUCAGCAUUUAGUGAAAUUUUAUGAGACCCAUGGUUCCUUUCGGUCCUAGAACUGCCAUUUGCCAAUCGCCAUUUGCCGUUUCGCACUGACAACGUUUUUUGAAAUAAGUAUAUGUUCUUUUUACACCAAAACUGAUGAAGUUAAAUAACACUUAAACAAUCACAGGUAUCCUGAACACAAUUUUAUAAAAUAAAUCUGCAUUUUAAAUUUUCUUUUCCCUGAUCGUUAUGAUUUGUGUUAACUAUUUUAUUAUGAAGAAUUUUACCCUCGAGAAAAAAAAUCUUUAACAAAGUUUCUACAAUUUGCAAUCUGAUGAUGUACAAUAAUUAAAUUCAUAAUAGGUUGUUCUACUUCAUCACAUUGAUAUUCGUUAGUUUUCUUUUUGGCAAAGCCGUAUAGUGUUUUCCAUUGUUGAUUUUGUACACUCUUAGAAAUUGAAGUCCUUUAGAUACAGGCCUGGCUAAACUAGGCGACAUGUAGCGUGUGUCAUGUCUCCGAAUUUUGUAGAGCGCGACACAAAAAUGUUUCUCAACUAUCAGAGAAUCAUUUCUUUUUCGCUUCUGUAAGACUUUGUCGCACGCUACAAGUCGCGCUAGACAUGUCGCCUAGUUUAGCCAGGCCUCACCGAAUAGGAUAAUUAUGUCAUAUCGACACUGAUAAAAGAAAUAUGAUGUAAACAUUAAUAAAGAUUAGCUCGUCUUGUUGGA